GAAAGACACAGAAGAGGUGAGUGAGGAAAAAGGAAACAGUGUUUUCCACCCAGCUUGAAAAAUGUAACCAGGAAAACAAACUUGCCUGAUUUGAUAAUUGCCUAUUUAUUAAGGUAAACAAUAACAAGGAAGAGAGCUGAACUUGACGACUGCAGGCCCUUGGCAGGGUAUAAAAGGGGACAUGGGGCGAGGAGAUUCCCAAACUCAAGAACUUCACUCUCCUGGAAACUCACCCAGAACCUCCACCCUCCGACACCAUGGUCAACACCUGUUGUGGCUCCGUCUGCUCUGACCAGGGCUGUGGCCAAGAUCUCUGCCAGGAGACUUGCUGCCACCCCAGCUGCUGCCAGACCACCUGCUGCAGGACCACCUGCUGCCGCCCUAGCUGCUGUGUGUCCAGCUGCUACAGGCCACAGUGCUGCCAGUCCGUGUGCUGCCAGCCUACUUGCUGCAGGCCCAAUUGUUGCAUUUCUAGCUGCUGCCGCCCCAGUUGUUGCAUUUCUAGCUGCUGCCGCCCCAGCUGCUGUGUGUCCAGCUGCUGUAGGCCCAGUUGCUGUGUGUCCAGCUGCUGCAGGCCCAGUUGCUGUGUGUCCAGCUGCUGCAGGCCCCAAUGCUGCCAAUCCAUGUGUUGCCAGCCCACUUGUUGCAGGCCCAGCUGCUGUGUGUCCAGCUGCUGCAGGCCCCAGUGCUGCCAGUCCAUCUGCUGUCGCCCCUCUUGCUUUGGUUCCAGCUGCUGCAGGCCCGCCUGCUGCAUCUCCAGCUGCUGCCGCCCAGUCUGCUGCCAGACCACCUGUUGCCGCCCCAGAUGUUGCCAGACCACCUGCUGCCAUCCAACCUGCUCUAGUGUUUCUUGCUGCUGA